UCGAACUGCAUUCGACACCUCUCGUUCCACAUUGAUGUUGUCGCUUCUUUUGCGCUGGCCUGCAGGCUUAGCAGCUCGAGUAUCGCAUCACAAGUCCCCUCAACCCGCCGUUAUCGCUUCUACAUGUCGUCGAUGCGCCUCAUCUAGCGUCAGCUCCGCCACGCAUAGUGAUGACCAGCGCGAGCAUCGCGUGUUCUCUGGCAUCCAACCCACAGGAACUCCUCACCUGGGCAAUUACUGCGGCGCCAUCGCCAAAUGGGUGGCUCUUCAGGGCUCAUCAUCGGCAGCAUCAGAAGUCUCCGCCACCCGACUGUACUCCGUGGUGGAUCUGCAUGCGCUUACAGUGCCCUUCGACGCUCAGCGAACGCCUGGCCAGGUGCAUUCUAUGGUGGCGGCAUUGCUAGGCGCAGGUCUGGACCCGACGCGCAACGUUUUAUUCCGCCAGUCCGACGUGGCUGCUCACGCCGAGCUCGCGUGGUUGCUCAGCUGCAUUACGCCGCUCGGUUGGCUGCAGCGCAUGACGCAGUUUAAGCAGAAGGCGGCAGCAGCCAAGACCGACAGCUCGCUAGGCUUACUAUCGUAUCCCGUACUCAUGGCUGCCGACAUUUUGCUGUACCGCGCGACGCACGUGCCUGUAGGCGAAGACCAACAGCAGCACUUGGAGCUCUCUCGUAUGAUCGCCACGACCUUCAAUACCCGCUUCGGAUCCAACCGCCCGGGCGGAAAGGAAGUACUGCCCAAGCCAUAUCCGAUGAUGGAGGAAGACACCACGACGCUCACCGGCGCGCAGAGGAAAUCUCUUGCGCGUAUCAUGAGUCUGCGCGACCCGACCAAGAAGAUGAGCAAGAGCGACAAGUCAAAGCUCAGUCGCAUUGAGCUCACGGACAGCGCCGACGACAUCCGCAAGAAGGUGCGCAAGGCCACGACGGACGCGGUCAGCGGCAUCUACUACGACCGCGAGGAGCGACCAGGCGUCUCCAAUUUGCUGGAUAUUGCCAGCGCUGUCACAGGUCAGAGCGUCGCGCAGCUGGAGACUCAAUACGCUGACUACGGUACUGGCACCUUUAAGGACAGUGUGGCCGACGCUGUUACUGCCAAGAUCUGCCCCAUCGGAGAGCGCAUCAAGCAGUACGAAGCGGACCAAGAGUAUAUCGACAAGGUGCUGGCGGAUGGCGCAGCACAGGCUUCCGAACUCGCUGCCGUCACUAUGAAAGACGUGAAGGAAGUCAUGGGCCUCGUUAGAUCUUAA